AUGGGUAGGGUCCUGCAGGUAUAUUUCGUCGUAAAUAAUUUUUUUUAAAAAGAAGCUGUUACUUCUCAAAUAUUGAUUUCCUGAGUGAUAUACGAUCAUUUCUGAGCAAAAGAAACCGUUUCCGAGCAAGUAAAUCGAUUUCAAGCUGCUGAUACGAAAACUGCUAAAUGUCCUGGGGUCCCCCUCACGCAUUUCUUGUGGAAAAAUAUUUUUUUGCAAACAGCGUUUAAUUCUUUAAAAAUGAUUUCCUGAGUGAUAUGGGGUCGUUGCUGAGCAAAUAAAAGCUGUUUCUGAGCAAAAACGUUGCAUGUCCGCCUGCCUAUACGAAAGCUCCCCACUGUGCGACAGUCCGAAAAAUCGGUACCUUACAAAGACCACCAUUUUGAAGACUAAUUUAUCCAUAACUCUUUAAAACAAAAAUCUUACGAAUCAAAAAUUUGCAAGAAAUGAAGUUAACGCAACACACAUAUUCCCUGAAAAUUUCUGCCGAAUCGGCCCACGAAUAACGAAAAACGAUUCCUAGGGG